GUUAUUGAGCAUGUACUCUAACCCGAUGCAUACAUAUAAUAAGUAUGUGGGUAUCGUGUUUUUUUUUAAAUCAUUGUACCAUUCUUGUUACCUAAUGUUACCAGUAGAAUUAAUCAACUACCAAUGAAUAUGGAUAAUGUCAAACUUUUGACAGAAGUUACUAACCAACAUUUACGUAUUAGUUCACUUGAAGAGACGAAUCGAGACUUGGAGGAGAAAAUUAAUAAAUUGGAACAAGAAUUGUCACAGCGUCAAGUUAACGGUAAUCUAAAAAUCCAUAUGAAGAUGUACAAAACUUUGGGUUCAGUAGACAGCAUUUUCCUCAAGCACCAACGUCAUGGCGAGCAGCUACAACGGCAGACAAUAUGAAUCAACCAAAUGGGUUAUCAAGGCAAACGAAUUCAACAAACAAAAUUAAUUAUUCUUCGUUCAGGCGCUCUGUUACACCAGUUGCAUUUAAUGACAAUUUAUUCAGUAUGACCUUUCAACCAGAAUUUUCUCCAAAUUUUGUGUGCCAAUCGCUCACGGGCACUCAGUCGACUCCACCUACAUCCAGGUUGUUGUACUAUACACCACCCAGGCAUGAAAUCUAUUUUCAGAACGAAAGUGUGAACCAUAAUUUGCCUCCCAAUCGUCAGAAUCACCUCUCCAUAAAGGCCAAUCAACUUAAAUCAGCUAGUUUUAGCGAAUUACGUCAUUCAAGAAUGGUUCGGGCAGACAAUAAUUGUUUAAAAUUACCUGCAAAUGUGGUCCAGGAUGCACAGAAUAAUUUAUGUGCCAAAUCUUCUGCCGUAAGCGGUCAAAAUUAUCAUUUCUUCGAAAAUUUCUAUGCCAAUACGAAAACCUCUGCUAUGCAUAAUAUAUGUCAACUUCCUCCACAAUAUGCUAGUAGUUAUCAUCAGCGAACUUAUACCACACCAUGUACUCGAUCAACUCUUCCACAGUUGUAUGCCCAAGGAAAUGAUUUUGUUAACGGCAAACUGUCUUCUAUAAAUUGUUGGAGUAAUGAACGAGUCAAUCUUUUUAACCCACUCGCAUUUUGUGGUUCACCCAUAUCAACAAGAUGUAGUGAUGCACAAAAUGUGUAUUCGAAUGCGAACAGGGGUCAACUACUCUCAUCCAAUGUUUCCUUUAGACAACAGUUCAAUGAAAUCUCACAGAAUUCUGGAAGUUUUUCAGAGGAUGAGAAAGCAAAUAUCCAUCCAAAGUCUUCUGUCGGUAUUACUGCUGGUGGUCCUAAUCGAAUCAAAAGGUUAUUUUCUGACCAACACUUUCAUUGGCUUUCACAUGGUCAGAUGAACAGUUCAUCAUCAGCUGGUUUGGUUAAAUCAUACUCUGUGAAUAGGCCACAAAAUUGUUUAACCAGUUCAUUGUCUUAUACUCGAUCGAAGAGUAUGGAACGUUAUGGUGUUUCUAUGAGAAUUUCUAACAGUCAAUUAUACACAACACAAGGAAACUGUAUUUCAUCCAGCAGCAACUUUAUUAACACAACUAGUACUACUGCUUAUAAACCGGAAAACAUUAAUAAUAUUUCCUCCAAUCUAAUGCUCAAUUCUUCAUCAGUGAAUAUGCCUAACCAAUCGUUGAAUGAUACACCCCAACAACUAUGCUAUGAAUCGAUACCAGAAUCAAGUGGAACUUAUACAGUUAACAGUAAUGUAGUUGCAAAUCCUCACAUCACUAAUGAAAGCAGUACUAAUGUUAGAAGUUUAUUCAAUGUAUCUGGUGUCUGUGAGAAUGAAAGACCAUUGCUUCCUUCUACAUAUCUUGGUUUAAAUAAGAUCAUCUCACAUUUGGACAACGAGAAUUUUUUCUCCUGGGAUAAAAAUAUGAUCUCCGCUUGGUUGUACAAAAUUGGUCUCGGAUACACAGUAUCGAAUACACGGAAAUGGUUAACUUCUGGUCAGGAUUUAGUAAACACCUCAAAGAAAUCACUUACACAGCUGAUGGGUAUACGUAAUCCAUUGCAUUUGAAGAAAUUAUCAAUUCAUAUAUAUCUUCGUAUUAAAGACAAAUGUCCAAAUAGUUAUGGAUAUUUAUAUCGAAAUAUUGAGCCACCUGAUAACUUUGACAUGACAGGUUGGUUACAUGACAUGGGUCUGUCACAUUACAUUCCACAAUUUGACAGUUGUAUCGUUGAUCCAUAUAUGCUAGAUCAACUCACUAUGGAUGAUUUAUUCGUGUUGAAAAUGUCGAAUGAAUUGCAUGUAUUGAGUUUACGUUGGGGAUUACAAAUGUUAAGGCAUAUCAAAUUCGAUAGAAAUCGUUUAUGUCGGGAUCAUAUGCAACAAUGUGAAGCAAAUAUACCUGUCAAUAGGAAUUUAAUGCAUUCUAUGCUCCCAUCAUUCAGUUCUACUCAAGAUGUUAUAAAAUCUACUAAUGGAUAUAAUGAAAUGGUUAAUUAUUGUACAGUUGAUUCUGAUAUUCCUCGAUUUAACUCGUCAAGACCUAAUUCAAUUAAUCCUGAUACAGAAGUAUUCUUUUCUACUUACUUACCUAUACAAAUCUGUUACUGGACACACCAAAGAGUAUUGGACUGGUUACAGAGUAUCGAAUUGCCUGAAUAUGCUCCAAAGUUAUUUGGAAGUGGUGUACAUGGUGCUUUGAUGAUUUUAGAGGAUCGCUUCACACCAGAUCUUUUGGCUGAUAUUCUCCAAAUCUCACCUGUAAAAUCCCUUGUACGACGUCAUUUAACGAAUAAAUUUAUCGAACUUGUUGGACCAGAUAUAUGGAGACGUAAACAACAAAGUGAAAUCACCAACCCGCUGACAUUACAUUCUAAAAUUAAGCCUACCAAAAAGAAAAGUCUAUUUCAUUCAAAUCGUGGAUAUAAAGGAAAUAAUGAUAGUGAUGAACUUGUAUGUCCCAUCGAAAUUGAUCCAAAUCAUAUGAGUAUAUUUGCUGAAGAGAUUGUACUCAACUGCGAAAGUAAUUUCAUUCAACAACCAGAGCUAGACUCUACACUAGCUUCUGAUACGAUAACAACAAAUGUUCAGCGACUGGAACUACAGGAAACUGACUUAUGAAUCAGAUAAAAUUAACGAAUAACUAUAUGCAGUGUAAAUGCAAAGCUGAAAAAUACAACGUCUACUCUUUUCCUGAAUCUUUAUUUUUUCCUGUACUAUUUCGUGUAUUGAGUAUUGCAUAACAAAAUAGUUGUGCUCAACACUGUUUAUUGAUUUUUUUUUUCUUUUUCAUUAUUGUAUGAUUUUAUUACUAUUUUAGAUGAUUAUUUAAUUUGUUUUUUUGUUGUUGUUGUGAUAAUGCAUAUUGAUCCACAGAUGUGUAUAUGUACUCACGUUGAUUUUCAUGAGUUGAACAGUAUGUGUAGAUAAACAGAAUCUCUAUUCUUCCUGUAGGCAUGUAGUAGUUAUGUGUCGUUAAGUGUACGACACAAAACCUCUUAUCACACAUAUAUGUAUGUUUAGAAACUAUUUUGUACCAUACAUACAAUUUCUAUGAUUAAGCAUAUUACUUUUUCGAAUGAUGAUGAUGAUUGUUCUUGUCCAUGUAGGGCAUAAUAUACUACUUUAAUGUGUAUAACUGUCUCCUGCUCAAUCAUCUACCCCCCCCCCCCCCUGUCCCCUGUCAUAACUUUUACUUCAUGAUAUGCGCUAUUACAUGAUUUUUUGUAUUAAACUGGCUAUUUGAUUAUACUGUGCAUGUUAAGAAGAAUAAAUUAAUACUAAUGAUGCUUUUGAAAUGAAGAAAUUGAGCGAUAUUCUUCAGUAUUAAAUUGUUUCUUUUCAACUCUUUAUUUGUUACAAUACAUAAUUCGAAAUUGUCUUG